AUGUCUAUACAACACGAAAAUAACAAUUCGAAGAAUGUUCCGGGGUCAGGAUCUUGUCUCUUUGACCUCUUGCGUUCGGAGACCCCAACUCAUUGGAGUUCUUACGAGAAGGACAGCCACACAUAUUCCAGUCCUCAUGGGAGGCUAAAGAAUCUGCUGCAUGAAUCCAGCAAUAAGUUCUGUGCAGAUUGUGGAUCUCCCGAUCCGAAAUGGGUAUCCUUAAGCAUUGGAGCAUUUAUAUGUAUCAAGUGCUCUGGAGUACACAGAAGUCUUGGAGUGCAUAUAUCAAAGGUUUUGUCAGUGAAGCUAGAUGAAUGGACAGAUGAGCAAGUUGAUAGUUUGAGAGAUAAGGGUGGAAAUUCUGCAGUAAAUUUGAAGUAUGAAGCCUUCAUUCCAGACAAUAUCAGAAAACCAAAGCCAGAUUCCUCUAUAGAGGACCGCUCCGAUUUCAUUAGGAGAAAAUAUGAGCUGCUACAAUUUUUGAACUCGGAUAUAGAGAUUGCCUGCCCCUUUCCGUCUGCCUCAUCAUAUCUCUGCAGUUCUUCAACAUGUACUUCUGCUUCAGCCUCAGAUAAAAAAACCUAUGAGAAGCAAACAACUGGUCACCGUAUCCAUGGACUUGGGCAUGCAUUCCGAAACAGCUGGAGAAGGAAAGAGUCUGAACACAAAGCCACCAAGAAGAGUAAUUCUAUGGCAGGUAUGGUCGAAUUUGUAGGACUGAUAAAGGUCAAUGUGGUCAGAGGCACAAAGCUAGUUGUCCGAGAUAUGAUGACCAGUGAUCCUUACGUCAUUCUCUCAUUGGGAAACCAAUCAGUGAAGACACGAGUCAUAAAGAAUAACCUUAACCCAGUGUGGAAUGAAAAGCUAAUGUUGUCCAUUCCAGAAAGCAUUCCUCCUCUGAAGUUGCUUGUGUAUGACAAGGAUACAUUCAAAGCCGAUGAUUUUAUGGGUGAGGCUGAGAUUGACAUUCAACCCCUGGUCUCUGCUGCAAAAGCCUUCGAGAGUUCCGAGAUCAACGAGCCAAUGCAGCUCGGAAAGUGGUUAGCAAGUAAAGAAAACACCCUGGUGAGAGAUGGUGUCAUUACCCUGGUAGAUAAGAAGGUGAAGCAGGACAUUGCUCUCAAGCUGCAGAAUGUUGAAAGCGGAGUGCUAGAGAUUGAGCUUGAAUGUGUUCCUCUCACGCAAUAGCAGGCGAAAGGAAGCUGAGGAAGUAAACAAAAGUAGUCAUUGUGAUCUUGUAAUUUCAGUUGCUCUAGCAGCAGUAUUCUUUGAGGCAAAUCUU